ACUUACUUGCUUUCUUACCUGAGUGCUCUAUCUGCGUUAUCUAACAAACUGCUCUAAACAAUUCGAACUGAGCGGGUUUCGACGCACCUUUCUGUGACGUCACAGGUCGUUCACUUAGCCACAGCGCCGGUGCGGGCGAGUGCGCGCACGUACACACGCAUCGCGCGCCGGGACUCUGCAGGCUCUGGUAGCGACGCCAUCUUUAAACCCCGACAGGAACCUUUUGCCGACAGCCGCAUAGGCAACUUUACGCGCGCCUAGUAUCGGGCUUCAGUUUUCACAGCUUAAUCCGUCGAUGAAAAAACUACGAGUUUUUUUUUAAAGGGUGCUUUUCUUUUGAGAAAACGCUGCAGAGACGAGUCGAACGGUGGCAAAAAAUUAAGACAAAUCGCGACAACAACAAAGGCGGAAAGAGAGGAGCGACGGGCGAACUGAAGGUGAAUAUUUGUGCGGAUAGCUGGAAACAAGCUCUGUGAGGAAGUGCUCAGCGCACCGUGUCAGAAAAGCGGCUUUAGGUUUGUGCUUCUGUCGCGAGUUGUGUUUGGUUCGGGCUCUACUGCGCGACUCGAGUACCGCCAAUCCCCUCCUCCCCACCCCCGCGGCCCGGCUGGAGAUGAGCGGAAGAUGUCGGUGUCGGGGCUGAAGGCCGAGCUCAAGUUCCUGGAGUCCAUCUUCGACCCGAACCACGAGCGGUUCCGAAUCAUCGACUGGAAGCCCGACGAGCUCAGCUGCCAGUUCAACGUGACGGGGGAGAAGCUGCUUAUCAUCCACUGCAACAUCACGGAAUCCUACCCCUCAACGCCCCCAAUAUGGUUUGUGGACUCGGAUGACCCCAGUCUAGCACAAGUGCUAGAGCGUUUAGAAGAUGUAAGAAAGGGCAGUACCCUGCUCCUGCAGCAGCUGAAACGCCUCAUCUGUGACUUAUGCCGCCUGUACAACCUUCCACAGCACCCUGAUGUGGAAAUGUUAGACCAGCCACUGCCUGCUGGGCCGCCUGGAACUACAGAUGAAGUCACAUCUGAAGAGGAGGAGGAAGAUGAAAUGGCAGAGCAGGACAUUGAAGAUCUGGACCACUAUGAGAUGAAAGAGGAGGAGCCAGCAGAUGGCAAGAAAUCAGAGGAUGAUGGGAUUGAGAAAGAGAACCUUGCUAUUCUGGAGAAGAUCCGCAAAAACCAGAGGCAAGACCAUUUGAAUGGUGCUGUGUCUGGGUCUGUGCAGGCAUCAGAUCGUCUCAUGAAGGAGCUCAGGGAGAUUUACAGGUCACAGAGCUACAAGACAGGAAUUUACUCAGUCGAGCUUGUCAAUGACAGUCUUUAUGAAUGGCACGUCAAGUUACGGACGGUAGACCCUGAUAGUCCUUUGCAUAGUGACCUGCAAGUUCUAAAGGAAAAGGAAGGCAUGGACUACAUUCUUCUCAAUUUCUCAUAUAAAGAUAAUUUCCCCUUUGAUCCGCCUUUUGUACGGGUCGUGUCUCCUGUGCUUUCUGGAGGUUAUGUUCUUGGAGGAGGUGCCUUGUGUAUGGAGCUUCUCACAAAGCAGGGCUGGAGUAGUGCCUAUUCUAUAGAAUCUGUGAUCAUGCAGAUAAAUGCCACCUUAGUCAAAGGAAAAGCCAGAGUACAAUUUGGCGCUAACAAGAACCAGUACAAUCUUGCCAGAGCGCAGCAGUCCUAUAAGUCCCUAGUGCAGAUUCAUGAAAAGAAUGGUUGGUACACACCCCCUAAAGAGGAUGGUUAGGGUGGUGGCCCUUAUGUGCACUGGGACCAACUGUCUUAGGGUCAAUACUCCUUUUUUCUUUUCUUUUUUGUUUUUCUGGAUUUAAGGUUUUUUCCUGACUCUGAGGUUGUUUUAGUGGGAAUAUGACACCCUUCUCCCCAAAUGGGCUUGACCCAUUCAGUGUCUAUGGAAACCGACGGGUAAAAUCUCCCCUCAGCAGGCUGGAGAGAUUCUUAUGGGGUCAUCCCAUCAUCCGCCACAAUAUUUGCAGUGCAGUGGGAUUUCAGUUUGGCUUUUGCGUUUAUCUUUCUAGCUAUUGUACUGGAUACUUUUAUGAGGUGAACCACUGACUGUACACCAUGGCAGAUGGACGAACACAGAUUCAGCGACUAUUGUCAUCCUUCCAGUGACCCGAGAGAACCAUUGUUGUGAACUUGCACUUGGUUUGUCAGUUUCUGUUCACACAAGGAAAAAAAAGAUCUUUGGCUUAUAGAUGCAACUGGUCGCGAUGUGACCCUCUUCAGUUAAAGAUGGUUUCAGUGCAAACUUUCAUAAGAGCUGAAGCUUGGUUGGAUAACUAAUAUAGCAAUUCGGUGCCCCGCUGCCUCGAUCACAGUAGAUCUUUCGCCCAAUCGUUUUAGUGUAAUAUUUCUAAUGCCAAGAGAACCACGCAGUUGUGUGCUUGCGUCAGGAGCCCGGUGUCACUGCCAGCCAAAAUGAGAGGAGUGGAGCUAAAUAAAAGACAUACCCUUUAUGCUAGCAGGCUCUUACCAGGCCUCAGAGUUUUGGUCUUCUCAGAAAGCAGGCAGGGAAUACUGAGCUGGGUUAAGGCUAGUCGGAUAGUAUUUUUGUAAAGUAGUUGAACGAGCUCUAAAUGGAAACUCGUGGUGUUUCGUAGAGUGGCACUUGUUGUUUUAAUGUAUCUGUGUAUGUGUCUGGACUUGUGGACACACUGCAUUAAGUACACCCAGGACUAUAGCAAGGACCACUUGCGAUUUAACUUUCACAUAUAGAAAAAGGAAAAAACUUUAAUGGAAUCCUUCACAGAGAUAAAAACAUAAGCUUAAACUGUUUUAUGUAAGGUUAUGACUACUCUUAAAUUUUCUUUACAAAUUGCGAUAUUUAGUUAUUGAUGACCGAUUUUUGUCAUUAGUGGUUAUGCUUCUGUAUCAGUCUUAAAGGCAAAUAUAACAACUUUUUCCAUUUGAGUUGUUCAGUUGGUUUUGCAGUCUAGAGAAACAUUGCCAUAAUCCUUGCCACAUGGUCUCAUGGCAAGUCCAUGAACCUUUUACCAAGGGCAUAACUAUGCAGAGAUUGGUAAACUCUGUUUGCUAGCAAGACACUUAAAUGUGCAUAACUUUGAAAUUAUCAUGCCUGCAACAGACAUUUUUGCAGUUUUAGCUUUUUUUUUUAUUUUUGUUAUUAAAGCAUUAACAUUGCAGGUAACACACCUGGUCUCUGCGCACGGCUUUCUGGGGUAUGACAGCCAGGGAAACUGGGAUUCCGUGCCCUUCAGAAACUUGCAAAUGGCAGAGAUCAGCAUGGUGGACUCUCUUCAGGCUCCUCAGACAGAGCAAUGAAGACUGCAGAUCGCUUUUUUUUUUUCCCCCCCAACAUGCCUUAAAAUUGAGUUUUUUUUUUUUUUUUAAUUAUUAAAUUCCCUCUACCCCUCCUCUACAUUAGCAGACAAUUUUCAACGAAGGCAUUUUACACUCCACAUCCCUGGUGUUUGAAGGCUUGCAUUCCUGCUGACUGGGCAGUUAGGAAACAAUAUAAUUUUAAAAUUGUAAUAACUAGGGUUAUGCAGAGUAAUCUUGCAGAUAUUAUGCACAAUACUGCCUGCAUUCUGAUGGUGCCCUUUUUGGUUUCAUGGUUUAACUUAUUGGGAUUGUCUGAAAUACUUCUUAUUCUUGAAACCAGCAUAGCAAUGAACCUUUUCCCUUAUUUUGUGUUUUUAUGCUGCAGGGUGGUCUGAAUGCUGUUUACAGCACUAGAACACUUAUUGUGGUAUCUAGUGAUGUGUUUAUGUUGUUUUAAGGUGCAUCUUGUAUGAUGACAUAUCACAGUCAAUCCAUUUAUAACCUAAAUCAAUACACAGAAUACUCUCUGGGCCAUGUCAGUGCAAUUGGGGGGCAUGCUUUACAUUUGAGUCCUACCAUCAUAAAUGCAUAAAUUUGUACAUAUGAGGAAACGGCUGUUUUAAGUUUUGUUUUUACAAAUUAUGAUGCGGAUUUUCCUGUAUACAUUAAUUGAGCAUAUUCUUUGGACCACAAAGUCUGUUGUGUUUAAGUAAGGCCACUGGGCUAGGUGCCAUUGCGGUAGGCUGAAGGUUUAGCCAGAAAACUCCCUCAGUUUUAAAGAAGGUAUAUUAAUGUGUGUGUGUG